AUGCGGGGGGAUAUAAGGCUGGGCCCCCUGCGGGUGACGUCCGCGCUGUAUAAGGGCGGCCUAUUGAAGGGAGGGAAGGUGCUCAUCAUCACGAGCCAGGCGGGCUCCUGCGAGUGGCGCUCCGUGCAAAACAAGGAUGAAGGUGGCGACUACGGCCAUCACAUGAGCCGCGCAGCAUGCAACAUCGCUGCGGUGCUGAUGUCGGAGGAACUGAAGAAGGCCGGCAUUCCCGUCGUCCUCGUCCAUCCAGGCUUCAAUCGCACUGAGAUGACUUCGAAGUACAGCGACAUCUGGGACAAGGAGGGCGCCGUGGAUGCCAGCGUCGGCGCAAAGCGCGUCCUCCACGAGGCCAAAGCCAUCAGCAUGGAGACGACCGGCAAGUUCAUCAACAGCGAAGAUGGGUUAGAAAUCCCAUGGUAG